AUGGGACUCCUUGCCGAUUUAAUACUAAAAUCAGGCUGUCGUGGGUUGUCUGAGAGCGAUGUCAGAAAGCACACAAAGGCUAUACUUGUGGGGUUGAAACACAUUCAUGCUCGUGGCUUCGUUCACUGUGACUUGAAGCCUGAUAAUGUUCUGUUUGUGCCUACUGCUGAUGGGUUUGAGGUGAAAAUUGCUGAUUUUGGAUUGGCAAAGAGAGUUCACAGUUGCCAGGCAGAGACAGAGACAGAGACUCCAUCUUGGAGAGGAACUUCCUGGUUUUUAGCUCCAGAAUGUGUAAUUUACGGGCUACAAGAGGCCUUCUCUGAUAUAUGGGCUCUUGGAUGCACCGUGCUUAUCAUGCUCACUGGACAACUACCGUGGGCUACCAUGUCUGGUUCAAAGGAGUUUGAAGAUCUUAUGUCUCAAAUUCGGUCUGAAUCAGUGCCUGACAUUCCGGACGAGAUAUCAAACGUGGCAAAGGAUUUCUUGAAGUGCUGUUUUGCAAUAAAUCCCAUGCACAGAUUGACAGCUGAUGCGCUGUUAGAUCACCCAUUUUUGGAGGAUUUAGAUGAGACAGAUUCUUCUUCACAUGCUCAACUAUCAAAAGAAGAAGCUUCAAAUGCUAAGAGGAUUAAAUGCAGUCCCUCGUCUUUUCCUUUUGGGUGUAGCUUCAUACCAUUGUCGGAUUUUUCAUCACAAGAGGCAGAGGUUCCAGAGAUUCGAGCUGAAAAUACAAACGCGGUCACAUCUUUUCCUUCUGGGUGUAGUUUCAUACCCCUACCAGAUUCUUCAUCAGAAGAGGGAGAGGAGGAGGACAUCCGACAACCUGCUGAUUCUUCUGCUGAGCAAAUUAGCUGGAGUGCAGUUUUCCCAAAACCACUCAUCCGCUCAAGGCCUUUAGCUCAUUGGCAACAUCCCUUUGCUUUCACAGCUUGUGCCGGGGCUUAG